GAGAAAAGUGAGAUCUGCAUGUACUUCAUCAAAGGACACUGCAAACACGGCGGCACGUGCAGGAGGGAGCACUCCAUUCUGCCGUAUAAAUGGGAAGUUAAGGAGGGAUCAGUGUGGAAAGCUCUUCCUGACAACGAGGCCAUCGAGAAAGAUUACUGUGAUCCUACUAAUAUAUACAGCUCUGGGCGGUUCCCGGUGUGUUUCGACACCAUGACGCAGGGCUGUGUGGCGGUGCGGCGUCUCUCCACGGUGUCCUCUGUCCUCCAGCCCUCCUUCAUCCUGACCACCGAGUGGCUCUGGUUCUGGGAGGACGAGUUUGGAAACUGGAUCCAGUACGCCAGCGCGGACGGCGGCCAUAAGAUAUCCUCCAUCACCAGUGCAGAGCUGGAGCAGAAAUAUCAGGCGGACCAGAGCGCAGUGCUGGAGUUCAGCGCCGGGUCACAGACGUACACGCUCAGCUUCCAGGACAUGAUCCAAACAAACAAGCAGUACAAAACCAAAAAAGUGAUCAGACGCCGCCCCAAAUUCGUCUCCGCCGCAGAUGUGAAGACGAUCAAGAGCACGAAACGAGCACCAAUCAGCUUCAAGACUCUGCCGGAGCACUGGGACAAAGCGCUGACUCCUGAAACGGGAUGCAAGAGAGUGCAGCUGACAAAAACCACAGCCGAAUUCAUCAAAAUACAGGAGCUGUUCAACCGCACCAUGCGGGGAUUCACCAUCCAGAAUAUCGAGAGGAUCCAGAACAAAGCAUUGUGGGAGGUGUUCCAGUGGCAGAAGGACUGCAUGAAGAAGAACAGCAGAGGCAGAGAUGUGUCCGAGAAGCAGCUCUUCCACGGCACCGACUCCAAAUUCGUGGACACAAUCUGCCUGAACAACUUUGACUGGAGGAUCUGUGGAGUCAACGGGACCGCCUACGGGAAAGGCAGUUAUUUUGCCAGGGAUGCCAAAUAUUCUCACAGCUACACCAACAACUCGGGCACGCGCUCCAUGUUCGUCUGCCGCAUCCUGGUGGGCGACUACACCAAAGGAGACUCCAGCUACCUGCGGCCUCCGUCCAAAGAUGGAGGAGACACCGUCUUCUAUGACAGCUGUGUGAAUGACGUCUGCGACCCGUCUAUAUUCGUGGUGUUCGAGAAGCACCAGAUCUACCCGGAGUAUUUAAUCCAGUACAGAGACUCCAGCGAGUGGGCAUCUCCUGCUGUACGGCCAGCGGUGACCACAACAAGAGCGGUUCCCGCCAGCAUCAGGACCACGCCCUCGUAUAACUCCUCCCACUUUACCUCAUCAAACACCUCCUCCUCUGUUAAAUCCUCCCAUGUUGCCUCCUCAAACACCUCCUCCUGGGUUAACUCCUCCCCCUUUAACUCUUCCCCCAACACCGCCUCUUCAUAUAACUCGACCUCCUUUGCUUACUCAAACUCCGCCUCCACUACUAACUCCUCCCCCUUUAACUCCUCCCCCAACACCUCCUCCUAUGUUCAUCUAUCUCGAUCUGCUUCCGUGUAUUCACCUCCGCCUCGAAAACCUGCAAAGGCAGAAAAUUCCUGCGUGAUCUCCUGAAUGUGUAACACACUGCGUCCGAAAUCACAUACACUCGUGCUGCGUUUCAAUUUGAACAUGCUUAAAUACACUUAAAGACUCUUAAUAAAGUGUGUCCUAUAUAGUGUGAAUAGCAUCGGGAUGUGCCACGUCCACCCUGAUGUAGGGAUGUAACAAUUCACUCGACAAUUCAAUCAUAUUCACGAUUUUAAUUUCAUGAUACAGUUUUUAUACAAAGAUUCAGUUUUUAUAAUAAAAUAGAAUUGCAUAGUGAAUAAAAAGCUGGUCUUUUAUUAGACUAUUGCUGUACGUUUAUUUAAAAACAAACCCCAAACCCUCAAAUACGCUACACAAAUAAAAUAAAUCUCCUCACAUGAACACAGUCAGACUCUUUCCAUUUAAAUACACUAUAUAUGAAGCUAAGAUGCAGCAUGAGCAGUUGUUAAUGUAGAUUAGACUGUAUAAUUACACAAUCUGAAGCAAUAACAGAAUGUUUUCACUUGUAGUUUAGUGAAACUGUUCUAAUAUAUAAAAUGGGAAGGAAACAGCAGCUGCAGACUCACUCUCUGCCAGCAGAUGGUGCUGGUGAACAGCAGUGAUGUAGUGUUUCCAUGGUUACCGAUGUAAAUAAAGCAGCUGCGCAGAUCAACACGACUGUAAUAUGCAGCGUUCAUAUUUAACAAUGGGAAACUAGUGCUUUUAUCACAUCUUCAUGCGCGCCAUGAAGCAUUCGCUAGUGCAAAUAUGUCUGAUAAUCCAUAUCUUUUACGAACAUUCAUGAAAACUGUUAUUUCUGCGCAAAAUUUUGACGAGAAAUUUGCAGAUUUAUGCAGAAUAAUUGUGGAAGUAUCGCAACUAAAAACAUAAAACAUGAAAUAAAUAUAAUGACUAUUAUUUUAUUAAUUACUACGCAAAGGCAUUUGUUUUGUAAACGAAGUCUCUCGUAUAAUACAGCUACUAAAUGACAGAAAAUAUUACUAUACAAACUGUAUUAUAUAAACAUUUGCAUAUUAGUAAUAAAAUUAUUGAAAUUAUUAUAAAAUCUGAAUAAAUAUAUACUUAUGCACAUUUACGCAAGUGAAUAAAUAGAUGCAUUGAUCAGCUUUAAAAUCUGCGGAAAUCUGUGCGUGCAUAUUCGUGUGGGCCUACUUGCGUUAUUAACUUGCUUUCAUUCGUUUAGUUUUUUGUUAUCGUGCUCUGAUUCAUUCGGCACUUGACUCGUCACUUAUUUGAACAGUGUUUUAACCUGUUGUUGUUAUCAUUUCAUCAUUAUCACAUGACCUGUGCGCAACAGUUGCGUCGUUUUACUAUCAUUUAUAAAUGUCACGUAUAGUAGUGCCAUCCGUGUACUUCUAAAGUACUUUUUUUUACCAAACUAUGAAUUUAGAUGUACUACUGGACUUGCAUACUGUUUUUCACAUACUGCAUAUUAGGGAAGUAUGUGGUUUUGGACGCACUACAAAGAUGGAGAGAGCCAGAUUAAACGUUCAUAUUGACAAUCAGGUUGCAUAAAAUGGCAUUAUAGUAGUUUUGGUGAUUUAUACUCUGAUUAAAAGUGCAAUGAAACCAACAGAUCCUCACUUUUGUACCGAGUGCAUCAAAAGCCUUUCCAAAAAAGAAGCAGUUUAUAAAAUGUUAUAAUCAAUAAACUAAAGCAAACAUCACCAGACUACUUAUUUAAAGCACAGAAGUAGAUGAACAUCAGACAAAAAGACAACGGUUGUGCUUUACUGAGGGGAAAACUACAAUCCCACAAAGCACAUUAAGAAGACCUGAGGAAUACUGAUUUAUAGUUGAUUAUUUUAUAGAAGCGUCACACUUCAAAUUCAGUGCAACAUAUAUAUUUACAUACACCGAGUGUUGAUUUGAUCAUUUACAGGGCUUCUAGGAGUGGGUGGAGCUAAGGAUCUGUUUUAUUCGGAGUCUCUGAUUGGUGGGUUUUCUGUGCAGCAUCAUGGGUAAUGUAGUCUUGCUGCAUGUAUUACACUGUUGUUUAGAGAAAAUCGUCUGAACCGAUUGGUUAUCCAAUGGGGGAAAUGAUGAAGCUUUUACACAAUAAAAUGUUUCGUUGUUGUUGAUUGGAUGGUGAAAUGUGGGCGUGGCUUAAAUAACUGCAUGGACACAUGAGUUUUGACGUUUUCUUGAAAUA